UAUACCAUAGCCGAAACUGAGCUGGGGUAUUACAGGAGGGAAACAAAAUGACAGAGUCAACAUGACUUUUCAUCCAUUUUUUGCUUCUAAUGAACAUCCCCCGCAAACUCCCACCAAGCUCUGCAGGGAAUGGCUCUGAUAAAGAGAGGCAGAACAGGAAAGUGUGUGGUUUCAAAAAGUUUCAAAAGGGAGUAUAGAUGGAGCACACAGCUGCUAAGAAAGACAACCAGAAAAAGACUGGAGCAUGUUUGUGUUCAAAAAAGCUCACAACAGGGAUUAAGAAGAGAAGAGGAAAUAGAAGUAAAACAGCAAGCUCAGAGGACUGUUCCUGUAUGUGUGUCUUUAUUUGUGGAAGCAUUAUCAUACUCAGUGGUGUUUAUAAGCAGAAUCCACCCACAAAGAAGUAAGACAUUAUCUAUUGUUCGAUUACCUCCUGGCUCAUACAACCAUCUAACAGAGGCUCAAACACAGUGACAAUACUAAUCUCAGCACAGUUUGCCUGUUUGCUGCGCUCAAGGUAUGAACUACAGCAAUACCACUCAGCCCCCUGGCUGCGGAGACCUUCGAAGUGGAAACAGCACAGACUUCAGCAGUGUAUUCACACACGUGGGUCUCCCAGUGCUCUAUGCACUGACCUGCGCCAUUGGUCUGAUCCUAAAUGGCUUGGCAGCGUGGAUCUUCUUCCAAGUACCCAGCACCUCAGGCCUGGUGGUGUACCUGAAGAACAUGGUGGUGGCUGACCUUAUGAUGCUGUUCUCCUUUCCUUGGCGCAUGGCCAAUGACCUAGGCUUUGGCGGAUGGUAUCUGAGACUGGUGGUGUGCCGCUACACAGCUGUGCUCUUCUACUUAGGCAUGUAUACAGGCAUCAUCUUCAUGAGCCUCAUCAGCCUGGAGCGCUAUGUCAAGAUCGUGCAUGCAUCCUCGUGCUCACCUCGGCCUUGCUCUGUACGUGUCGCCACUUUCCUGCAGCAGGUAACUGUAGCCAGAUGUCUGGUGUUUCUGUCCUGGGCAUUGAUGCUACUCUGCAUGCUCCCCAACUCACUGCUGACCAACAAGCCUGCUGCAGAGGGUUGCUCCUGCAUGGAUCUGAAGAGCGAACUUGGGCGCAGCUGGCAUGAAGCCUCUGUCCACUCUGUUGUGGCCAUCUUCUGGGUGACACUUGUGUUCAUGUCUUUCUGCUACUCUUCCAUAGCCUGGCAGGUGUACCAAUCCUACCGAAGAGUAAAGCGGGGCAGCAGCAAAGCAAGCCGCAAGUCUAACCAAAGUAUUUUCAGCUUGCUGAUUGUGUUUUUUGUCUGCUUUGUGCCAUAUCAUAUUUGUCGAGUGCCCUACACACUGAGCCAGAGGUUCAACACCAGUCUUAGCACUGAAACCCAAUAUCAUCUCUUCCAGGCCAAAGAGGCAACACUGUUCAUGGCUUCACUUAAUGUGUGUCUAGACCCCCUGAUCUACUUCCUUAUGUGUAAGACAUUUCGAGAGUUGCUGCUAUGUAAGCAGUCUACUGCAGAGGUUAUUAAUGGGGUGCCCUCUGUUACCAAUAGACUAAGUACCAGCAAUUUGUAGAGACGAAAUGGAAACAGAAAGAGGAAUUGAUGGUUGCUGACGGACACCAAGGUUGUUGCAGUGGAUCAAUUACACAAUGCUAAAACAACAACAAGAUGAGCACAUCAGCAGUGCUGUGUCUUCCAGUUUCUGUCUCAUUUUGCACAGCCACUGUGACCAAAAGGAGAAAUCAAAGCCAAAUAUUUUAAUCAUCAAAAGCCUUCUCAAAUCUCAAAUAUCUUUUUAACCCAUUAGCAUUAUCGGACUGAAUAAUGCAGAGCUCAUAAAAACUGGGACUUUUGUACAACUUUGUAACCCAGAUUUGGUUUUUACAUGUUUAAUAUAAAAACUAAAUUCUCCUUAACACAGUAAUGAAACAUGUAAUGAAUGAAACUUGUUUUUGCUAUUGU